AGGGAGCCCUGCGGCAGAGGACGCUGAGUCACCUGACCCGGACUCUGGAGGUGCCAUGGCGGCGCCCAUGCUGCGCUGGGGCUGUCCUGGCACACGUUGGGCUUUAGCGGGGAUUGGCGGCGGCUUUCGCCACCGAAGAGGGGCUUCGAUUGGGUCCACGCCCAAUCCGACAAGGGAACAGAGUACAGUGGCUCAGAAGCCCCUCCACACGGCCCAGAAGCUGAGGAAAGGUGAACACAAAUGGGCAGCUGUUGUAGGACUGGAAAUUCAUGCCCAGAUUUCCUCCAACUCUAAGCUCUUCUCUGGAUCUCAAGUGUGUUUUGCAGCACCUCCAAAUUCUUUGGUUUCUUUUUUUGAUGCAUCUCUGCCUGGAACUUUGCCGGUUCUCAACAGGAGGUGUGUGGAAGCUGCAGUGAUGACAGGCCUGGCUCUGAACUGCCACAUAAACAAGAAGUCCUCCUUUGACAGGAAGCACUACUUCUAUGCAGACCUCCCAGCAGGCUACCAAAUUACCCAGCAGAGGCUCCCGAUCGCUGCGAAUGGCAGCCUGGCCUACAGCGUCUGUGUAGGAAAGAAGCGGGGUCAGUUGGUCUCCAAGAGGGUGCGGAUCAAGCAGAUCCAGCUGGAGCAGGACAGCGGCAAGAGCCUUCACGAUGACCUGAGGGCCCAGACGCUCAUUGAUCUGAACAGGGCAGGAGUCGGCCUUCUGGAAGUGGUCCUGGAGCCCGACCUGUCCUGUGGAGAAGAGGCCGCAGCAGUCGUCAGGGAGCUGCAGCUGAUACUUCAAGCCCUGGGGACCAGCCAGGCAAACAUGGCAGACUAUGAAAUUCAGAGGCAAAUCAAUGAACUUGAGACUGGAGGUAAAAUUCUGAAUGAAACUCGUUCAUUUGACAGCAAGCUGGGGUGCACUGUGCCAAUGAGAGACAAAGAAGGAAAACAAGACUACAGGUUUAUGCCAGAGCCCAACCUGCCUCCCCUGGUACUCUACGACAGCACGACUCUGCCUGCAGGUGUAGACUCUCAGCAAGUGAUCAACAUUGACCAGAUUCGGGACAUGCUCCCCGAGCUCCCCAGUGUGACCCGAGAGCAGCUCGUCCAGCAGUAUGGGCUGCUGCCGGAGCACAGCGUCACGUUACUGAAUGAAGUUGGCCUACUGGAGUUCUUCCAAAAUGUGAUAAAAGAAACUAGGGCAGAGCCAAAAAAGGUGGCUAGCUGGGUCCUCAACACUUUCCUGGGCUAUUUAAAGCAACAGAACCUGACUGUCAGUGAGAGUCCCGUGACACCCUCUGCGCUCGCUGAGCUUCUCGACCUUCUGGAGAGGAAAGCCAUUUCUUCAUCCGUUGCUAAGCAGGUGUUCCAGGAGCUGUGGAGGGGCCAGGGGAAGACGGCCGCGCAGAUCGUGUCCGAGCAGAAGCUUGAACUGCUGCAGGAUCCAGCGGCCCUGGAACAGCUGUGCCUCGCCACCAUGGAGGAGCAUCCUCAAGUGGUGAUGGACGUGAAGAAGGGAAACCCCAGGGCGAUCAAUAAACUGAUCGGUUUGGUCCGGAAAGCCACCCUAAGCCGAGCAGACCCAGCCCUGAUAAAGGACAUCCUGGAGAAGAGGCUGUGGUUGUGAGGUGUGUUGGGGUCCCUCUGCCGGAGGAGGACAGCGUGGCCGGACAGCCUGUGAAAGCUGCGGUCCACGUGUGGUAGGAGCUGGGAUCUCAGUCCCUGGCUGGGCCACGCCUUGGAGAUGGCAGGCUUGGAGUCACACGCCUGGUGCCUCCGGCAGAGGCAGAGCAGUAGCCACAGCCACACCCACUGCCCACAGGCCCCAGCAGGGCGAGGGGGCUGCAGCCUCGAGUGGCAAUAACACGCUCUGCUGGGCGGGGAGUGGAGCAGAAUAAAAGGCGUGCUGCUGUGCCAGGCCCUCCUCCCCGAACCUCACCUCGCUGUCCCUCAACAGCUGUCCUGGAGCCCAGCAUUGCAGAAGCCGGGGAUUAACAGUGUCCAAGAGAGACUGCAAUUUGGAUGUGGUGUAUGUAGACCUAAAAACAGGUUAAUGAAGACGAAAACAACAAACAAAUCAGUGCCGUGAAAUACAUUUGAUUAGAGAAGUCGCGAGACAGGAGGAAGGACAUAGCAAUUCCAUGUUCACUGAGCAAAGUGACGUUGCACAUUCACCUCUCUGGGGAUCCCCAUGGCAAAGGUCUGAGAAUCAAAUAAUGGGGGAAAAAAAACCAGAAGUUUUCAAAUAAAUUUAAUGAAUAAAAUAUAUAUUGAAAUAUCAGAUAAAAAUUAACUUACACUUCAAAGAUGUGUAGUUGACAACCGUCCCCCAACCUCUGACCAAAAAAGAGAAAAGCUGUAACAUUGAUUUGUUUUGCUUGGAAAGAAUAAGAUUAUAAACUAAUAAAUCAAAAUCUUGACCUUGAACAGUAA